ACAAACCACGGGGUUGAGGAUAGUCGAGGCUAUAUAAAGACAACUGACAUCAGCCAGCUCGCUAAACACCAGUUCGAACAAUCCUAUAAAACGUCAGAUAGCUGACUGUGCCCACUUCCCAUUUGCGUGGAAUCGCGGGCCAGAACCGUCUUAAAAGGAUGGAAAUGGACAGCCUCUCCACUGGCGCACCGACCACCACCAUCCCCGUUACGCACCAGCACACAUGUUCCAUGGAUGGUGCCCAGUUUAUGGAUGCGCAGUGCGCCGGGUCCUCCAAAGUCUUGCUGGCAUACAAGAACGCCUCGCAGCACCUGAAUUCUUCGGGGAUUAAAGCGGGCUUGGGGAUACUUAAAGUGGCCACGUCUCAAUGGAAACAGGAGAAGAAGACGCGCUCUGGGGCGGCUGUGAAGCAGCAGGCUAGCACCAACAGCAGCCAUCCCUGCAAGAGGUCCCCACUGGAUCAGCUGGCAGCUCUGGUUCUCCACGGUCAAACCCGGCACCAACCGAUUGGCCAAGGACACCGACCAGACCCCCUUCACUCCACUAAACCGCAGAACUGUAAACGCAUCGUGGUUCUUGGUGCCCCACGGGUUGGAAAGACAUCUAUCCUCAGAAGAUACCUUCGGGACGGGUUUGUGGAGGACUACAGUCCCACGUCCGAGGAUUUCCUCAGGAAACUCUUUCGUAUCCGCGGAGAGACCUACCAAAUUGACAUCCUGGAUGCGUCGAGGGAGAGGGACUUCCCAGCCAAGCGGCGACUGUCCAUCCUGACUGGAGACAUUUUCCUUCUAGUAUUCAGUCUAGAUGACCGGAGCUCCUUUGAAGAGGUAUGCGCCCUGCGGACGGAGAUUCUCGCUGCUAAAUCCAAGCUCACCAGAUCCUCUGUGCCAGAGUAUUGCGCACAGCCACGGGUUCCCGUGGUGGUCUGCGCAAACAAGGUGGACCUGCUGGAAUCUGAGCGAGCGAUAUCGAAGGCAGAGGUGCUCCAAGCCCUCGGUGAUGACUGUGCCUAUUUUGAAACGUCUGCAAAGGACAGCACCAACCUCGAAAAAGUCUUCGAGACUUUGGCAAAGCGAGGCGGGCUCCCGACUGAAACUGGCCCGUCACAGCACCGCAAAGUUUCGCUCCGGUCGUACCAGGCGAUGCGGCCGGGCCGCGUGGCCGGGCGGGGCGGUCAGGUACCGGGGAGAGAUGAUCCCUGCGGCACGCUGUACCCACUGGCCCGUCGGCCGAGUUUUAGCACGGAUCUCCGUCACGUUAUUGGGCCACACACAGCAAGAAAGCCCGGCAAAGGACUGGAGAAAUGUCAUAUUCAGUGAGAUACAAACAGACUUUUGACAGAAAGCGUCACAGAGCGAAUAAAACAAUACAUAAAGCACUGAUAUUGAUUUUAAAAAAGUAAUGUACUAGGUUGUUUAAUUACAUGAUUACUUGAGAAUAUGUUUUUGAAAUACAUUUUUUAAAUAAAAAAAUCUCAUUAAUAUCUAUCUAUCUAUCUAUCUAUCUAUCUAUCUAUCUAUCUAUCUAUCUAUCUAUCUAUCUAUCUAUCUAUCUAUCUAUCUAUCUAUCUAUCUAUCUAUCUAUUUAUGUGUGUGUGUAUGUCUGAGUGUGUGUUUGCCACCCAUUCAAACAACUGUGAAGGAGAUAGUGGGAGGAUGUUGAGUCAGGAACUUGGUUGUUUGAUUUCUGUAUGACUAUUGCAUAACUAAUAUUCAGAAAUCUAUUAGAUGGCAACUCCUUUUCCCUCGCCCACUCUUGUUUUCUCUUCCUGUGUGCAAAUGUGAGUGAGAUUGUGUGUGUGUGUGUGUGUGUGUGUGUGUGUGUGUGUAACACUGGAGUCGUGAUUGCAACAAGUCUACAGCCUGAAUCCCACACAUCCUAAACAACCAGAUAAAAAAAUCGAGGCUUCCAGUUGGCAUAUACCUUCCACAUCCUACACUGCUCUAUAAAUGACCGCUCAGAUAGACCUGCCUCUCUGUGAAUUCAUGGUCAUCCUUCAUCCUGUGCAGCUAAAGCAGCCUCUGUAAGAGGCGUUGGAUGAGGUCACGAGGGCUGUGGGGAUGUGAGGGAUGCAGGGUAACACCAAGACACAAUCAGCAGGAUGUGACUCUUUCCACCAGGCAAGAGAAAAGACUGAGUGACGAACAAAAGUCAGAAGGUUGUACUGUGGGAGUUGUUGCCAUGAUACAUUUCUAAAGGACAGACUUGUCUCUUUUUUUUGGUUGUGAAUAAGCUGGGUGUUUUUCUGUUUGUGCUGCAUUCACUGUUCGCUUCUCAUACUGGAGCUACUGCUGCUCUGUUUCCGUGGUCACUGCUUUUAAGUUCACCUAGCAGCAAAUAACAGACCACUCAGGCUUCACAUUUACAACAGACCAAAGGUGAUCCUGACCUUUUAGCCUUUCCCCCUACAUGAUCAUUCGCAAAAAGGAAAAAAACAUCUGCUUUUCAUAUGCCUCAACAGAGGGAUUAUUAACACUCUUCCCACCUAAAAAUAAUGAUAAAAGUGUGAACUCUGAGGCCUCUUUUAAACUUGAUAAUCACACUACCAUCACUACUAAGGUCCCGUGUGUGGGUUUCUCUGAAAAGAAAAUUGGAUUCUGUUGAAGGUGUGUGCUGUGAGUCACGAUACCUGAAAGCCUCAGAACAAUGUCUGAUCCAAGGUCAGACAGACCCUCUGAAAGAUUUGGGGGGCCUCAUACAAUUCCAAUUCUUUUUACAAAAAGAACUGCUCCUAAUAAUGCACAUGGGAAAGAAUCAGUCUAUUAUCCAUUCAAGUUUAAUAUUCAGUGAGAUAAUAAAAUGCACAGUCACCUAAAGAUACCUUUUUUUGUGCCAUUCAAGGGAUAAUCAGUGAAAUUGGUUCUUAGUCUUUAAACACAGGUUUGCCUGCCUGAACAAAGAGCUUAUUAAGCCCCAAGAAAAGUAUAUAUUCCCAGCUAUUGUUACAUUAAUAGCAGUAUUAUUUAGCUGCUGUCAAUACUUAAGACACAUUUUCUGUCCUUCUAUAAAUCUUGUGCAGCUUCCAGUUGUAACAGGAGCAGGUUUGCCACUUGAAAUUCUUAGUAUGUUUUGAAAAAAAUGGGUUCUUGAUUUCAGGCAGAGGCUUCUCCCUCUCACUGAGGUCGAUGGAACCUUACACCUCUGCAGCUCCACUGACAGCUAUAACUGGCAGACACACUGGUGACAGCUCCACGAUCUGGUGGAAAAAUGCCAACAUUUUUUAGUGCCUCAAAAUUCUUGUUUUAAAAUGAGAAAACUUGUAAAUAGGUGUAGAGUAUGCUAAAAGUCUGAGCCUUGAGCUACAUUUUUUAUUCUUGUAUUUUGUAGUAUUUCAUGUAUAGAGUUUCAGCUACUACACAUUUGAGCAACUGUUACAAAGCAAUGUCCCUGCUGAGGUUAAUCAAGUACUUGUGAUGUUAAAGGCCAAAAGCUAUACUGAACUGUGGAACCAGUCACCUGUAUAAGUUUAAGAGAAGUCUAUGAUUAAAUAUUUCAUUCUAAGACAGCCCUGCCUGCAUGGCUGCACACAUAUUUUUCAAACAAUAACUGCUUGUUUCUAACAUUAGGUCACUGGAGAAAUGGAUUUUAUGAGGAUGUGGUGAAGCAUUUUGAGAAUGUGUAACAUGACUGCAAUUUCUUAAGUAUAAAUGUCCCCUAAUCCAAUAAAGAGAAGAAAAGACAGAGCUGACAGACCUUCAUCCUGGAGCAGCUUUCAUACGGGGAAAUAUUGCACAGUGUCAGGAAGCGAAUGGAAUUUCACAUUUGGAAGUUGGAUGAUUUGGCUGGAAAGAAAAACUGUUAGUCAAACAUGAAAAUAGCAAAUACACAUAGCCUAUCUGUUUAUUUGUGUUUUUGACUAUAGAAAGACACCAGCCUUCAAAUUUCUAGUACAAAAGCUACAGACAAAUCCAAAGAUAGACAAGUUUCUUCUCGUAAGUAUUUACAACCAACUGGGCCCCUUAAGUUUGCAAAGACAUGACUGGACAAUCAUUGUUUUUAUGGAAGAGGUAAACAGAUAAUUAAGGUCAAUAGACACCUAUUGUAUGUAGAAGCCUCAUUGUUCUUAUUAAUUACUGUUUAUUUGUACUAUUUCUUGAUAAUUAUGUCCCUGCCAGACACAGUGCAGUAGAUACUGUGUUAAAAAAAAAGAUAGAUAGAUAUAGAUACAGACAUAUAGAUAUCAAUGUAGUUGUAUAUUGUUGGUCUUCAAGCAAAAUUUGAAAUGAUUCAUAACAAUUAAGCAGAUUUAAUUUUUAUUCAAAUAACAUGUUAACUAAACACCAUCAAAGUAUUAAUCCUAAAAGUCUAUUUUGCAAAUGGAAAUAUGUUUCAUUCGAAUUUGGUCAACUUAACAGUCAAUUAUGAUUGUGAUUAUGGUUGUUGCUGUUAUUAAUAUGAUGCCGAACUGCAGUCUGAACCUUUUGUACAUGCUGUCGCGUGCUGGCGACUUCACAUUGCAGGAAACUGCCACCAUUUUUUCUCCUGUGUGACCCCAGCAACUUUACCGCACGUGCAGUAACACUUUACUUUGUCAGAGCAAUCGUUGCUCACACACAAACACACACGCACAGCCAAACACUUGUCAGAACAGAUGCUGCUGUCUCUGUUUGCACGUGAGGAGGAUUCACAUAUGUUCCCAUUGUUCCCUCUGUUUCUAAGGCACACACAUACAAGCACAUACACAGAACAUAAAAGACUUGCUCCCAAGCCUGAAACGUGAUGCUGUUUUUCAGCUCAGCCUCGUCCUUCACUGGAAGAAUCGAGAUUCUGCUGAAGUGGCUUACAAUCAUUACAUUUUUACAAACAUGAUGCAUUGCUUUGUACUCUGUUAUUCUCUCAUUUUCUGGGAUGUUUAAGACACAAAACUGAACAUAGAAAUGAGGAGGAUUCAACUCAACAUUGAGGAGAUGUUGUAUUGGUAUAGGGGCUGUUUGAGCUGAUCUAUAGCUGGAGUUUGGAUCA